GUUUUUUGCAUGCCUUGUUGAUGUGGAAAUUUUUCUCUGAUUUUGUCUUUGCUAAAUACCUUAUUUCUCGUCAUCGCUGGGCCUAAAUGUGACUGACAACAUGCUUGAAGUUACCGCCAACCUAGUCAGGGGAUCUGUCUAUCUGGCUGGAGAAGAGAUAGAGUGCGAGAUUACAGUGUACAAUACUCUGAAUCCGUCAAGAUCACCAAGGGUAGAGAGACUUGCUUGGGCCAGUGCCCAAAUCCUUUGCCAAUGUUCGGUCAGUGAGUCCAGGAUUGUGCUUCCAGUCAAUGAUGGCAGUGAGCCAGACCAGAGUGGACUUCCAUCAUCAACUUCAUUUGUUCCCGCCAGAGGUGAAAGAGGUUUGACAGUUCUCUCAUCAAAGCCAAAGAUACUCUUCUGUGAUCUUCGUCUGAAGCCAGGUGAAGCAAGAUUGUUCACUUAUCGAGAGAAAAUACCAUCUGACGCCCCUCCGUCUUACAAAGGCCAGGCAGUGAAGUACUCCUACAAAUUGACCAUUGGCACACAAAGGCUGGAAUCGCACACUCAGUUAAUGAGGAUAUCUUUUAGGGUCUUAGUUUUAUAUGGUUUAAAUGACUUAUCAGUAUAUGCAGAACCAGAAGAAGUUGCUCCCAGUAAUCCAUUUUUGGAGCCCAGGCGACGUGAAACCACCCUCCUCGAUGUGGCGAUGCAAGUGCUGUCCACUGCCACAUCUAGAAAAGGACCCAGUUACUACAAUAUUACAAAUGCCCUGGGAAAAGUAGCCAGGCUUUGUUUAUUCAAGCAAGCAUACAAAAUUGGAGAAGAUAUUGUUGGCCUCUUUGAUUUUACUGAUGCAGAGAUACCAUGUGUACAGUUUUCCGUGAUCCUCCAAAGUGAAGAGCAAAUAUCUGAUGAGUGUAAACAGAAGACAAGCAAAGCACAGUCUUCUUCUGUUGUGUCACAUACAAAGCAUCAUGAGUUCUGUUUACAUACACAGAAAACGCACAUGUCCCUGCCAAUACCUUUGACUGCAACCCCUAGUUUCAUCACUGAUAUAGUCUGUUUGCGAUGGAGAUUACAUUUCGAGUUUGUGACAUCUAAAAAUUUGAUACCUGAUCAAGCACCUCCAUCUGAACCGACAGAAAGCUGCACAUGGCAAGGACCAGAGACAUUGGAGGUUGAGACAAUGGUGUGGGAUAUGCCUAUCAAAGUAUUUGCUACCAAUCCUGUACAUGCAAGCAGUGUGUCGUUACUCAAGACAACCAAUGUGAUAUGCAUAUGAAAGGAUUCAGGACUUGUUGAGUUUUUAACUUUAUGAGGAGUAGAACUCAGUGCACAGAUUUUAAGAGAGGAUGGUGACCAUAAGCUAUACAUUUCUUUAGUUUGAGUUUCUGUUUUUCAAGGAUAUAUGCAAAGUGAGUUCAGGUGAUGAGCCAGGAAACAGAUUUGCAUUACUGUGGAUACCCACCUUAAACAUUGUAUGGGUUCAAGUUGAACGUUGAGGUUUCUGGAGCUAUACUAGAUACUCAUUGCGCAAUGUCAAGAAUAUUAAUCUGUAUAAAGCAUCUUAAUCACUUGAAUGAACUCAUAUCCAAUGCAUCAUAUAAUUAUGUGCAAUAAUGUUAAAUAUAAUGACAUAUUUAUUGUAUCCAUGUCUUACUAGUUAUUGGAAUUUCUGUAAGUUUCUUUCUUCCCCGCUUGGGUCUUAUUGGAAAGAUGUCACAUUGCCACUCAAAAUAUAAAAACAUGGCUGACAUCUAUUGUCUCUGGCUCUAUUGAAAACCUAUCAAGAUCCU